UAUUCUGUGGUCAAGAGUCGACAGACAACGAGACUACAGUAGGUAACUUGACGAGACGACAGUGUUUCUUGUAUUCUUGAUUUCUUCUCGUUCAGUCUUUCCUCUUUAUUUUGGUUUGUAUUGAGCCAUAAAUUACAAUUUUUGUCAAUAUUCUAUUGAAAUUUGGUUAGUUAAUAAUUAAGCUUAUAAAGGCGAAUUUAGACUUUAUCACUAUCUCUACGGAACAAAUGGAUGAAAAGAUGGCAUCAGUUGAUGAGGAAAACAAUAGCUGCCAAACACCGGCGCCAGAGUGCAGUGCAUGGUCUCCCAUCAAUAAUGAUGAUAAUAAUGAUAAUCACCAACAACAUUUAGGAAGCUUUUUCCAAGUACUAAUCAAAGAAGAAUUGCAUGUUGAGGAAGAGGCUGAAGAAAGUUCAGUGGAGAGUGAACCUGAGAUGUGGCCUUCUGUCAGCUACACAUCUGACCCUGGUCCUGUCAAUGCAACGCAAGUGGAUUCAAUCACCUCAGCUGAGCCAUCUGUAGCUGCCAAAAAUACAAAGCUCUAUAAUUGUGAUCACUGUAGUUUUAAAACUAUCUGGCCAAGAAGUAUUAAAAGACAUAUUAAACAACACACUGGAGAAAAACCUUUUAGCUGCGAAUUUUGUGCCUAUCAAUGUGCUAGUUCAAGUCAUUUGAAAGAACAUAUCAGAACCCAUACAGGUGAAAAGCCUUUCAGCUGCGGGUUUUGUGAUUAUAAAUGCGCUCAAUCAAGUAAUUUGAAAAUACAUAUCAGAACUCAUACAGGAGAAAUACCUUUCAGCUGCGAGUUUUGUAACUAUAAAUGUGCUUCUUCAAGUCAAUUGAAAGUCCAUAUCAAAAGACACACUGGAGAAACAUCAUUCAGCUGCGAGUUCUGUGACUUCAAAUGCGUUCGAUCUUGUGAUUUGAAAAAACAUCUCAGAACACAUACUGGAGAAAAACCUUUCAGCUGCAAUCUUUGUGACUUCAAAUCUGCUAGAUCAGGUGAUGUGAAAAAUCAUCUCAGAACUCAUACAGGAGAAACACCUUUCAGCUGCGAUUUUUGUGACUUUAAAUGUACUCAAUCAGGCCAUUUGAAAGAACAUAUCAGAAGACAUACAGGAGAGAAACCUUUCAACUGUGAAAUUUGUGCCUAUAAAUGUGCUCGUUCAAGUGAUUUGAAAGAACAUGUCAAAACACACACACGAGAAAAACCUUUCAGUUGCGAAUUCUGCGAUUAUAAAUGUGCUCGUUCAAAUAAUUUGAAAGUACAUAUCAGAACACAUACAAGAGAAUUGCCUUUCAGCUGCGAAUUUUGCGAGUAUAAAUGUGUUUCUUCAAGUCAAUUGAAAGUACAUAUCAGGACACAUACAAGGGAAUCGCCGUUCAGCUGCGAAUUUUGUGAGUAUAAAUGUAUUUCUUCAACUCAAUUGAAAGUACAUAUGAGAAAACAUACUGGAGAAACACCUUUCAGCUGCGAACUUUGCGACUUCAAAUGUGCUCAUUUGACCCAACUGAAACGUCACCAAAGUGUCCAUAAUAGCUAAACUCUUUUGCUGAAAAGUGUCUACAAUCCAAUCAUUAGAUAUUACUUGAUAAUUUAUUAUUCAGCGGCAAAAAAUGUAUAGUGAGAUUAUAAAGUCAGCACCUCAUUAACAUUUAUUAUCUCUAUCUGCCUGACAAAGAAUAUAACAAUAUACUUUUUUAUAAGUCAGCAAUGUUAUCAAAUAAUCAUUUGUUGGCUGAAGAAAAAUAAUGAACUACCAGAAUAUUUUAAUUGAAUUAUGGAAAUGUAUCCUAUUAUUAAAUGAUGAGAAAAUACUGUAUGUUUCUUGAAGAAUAAAAUAUAUUUGUGAUAGAUUUGAUCAUCAGCAAGAAUCAGAAAAUUAGAUCAGAUUUACAGGAAUAACUUGAAUAACAUCUAUCUGAUAUACCCACCCUGCAGGAAAGCGAGAAAUCUUUUAAUAUUGCCAUUUUUACGGAAAAAUCAUAAAACUAGUAGAAUCUACUAAUAUCUUAUAUUAAUGAAAUGGCAUGUUUUCAUCAUGCUCCAACAACCAAAAUGAAAUGUCCAGAAUAACCUCUUUUAUUUUUAAGUUGCCAUCGGAAACAUGUGCUCACAUUUGGAGUUUACACGCUCAUCAUCCCAUUUAUGAUCCUAGAAUUAAAAUGUCCGAAAUUGAUUCUUUAAUUUUCUCAUUCGGUGUUUAAAGCCUGUUGAGCCUGCUAUGAAAAGUCUCGAAUUGAAGUGUUGCAAAUCUUUAGGAAUGGCAGUAAUUAUUUAGAUCUAGUUUUCCUCUAGUUUAUGUAUUGUUGUAGAACUUGUACAGUGCACCUUGAUGUCGUAGCAGGGAUACGUUCAAUUCGUCUAAUGUGGGUGAUGCUGUCAAAAUAUCUGUACGGUAGUUUCAUCACUAUUUUUUAUAAAAUGCGUUCACCUCUAUUGCACGUUCCAAAUCGGUCUAAUGAGCCAUGAUUACGAUAGUAAAUAGCAAUGUGUUCACAUAAAUUCUACAAAAUUUCAAACAUCUAUCGAUUACAGAACUGUAACAUUCAAAAUUUCUCGUUUCGCUUCGCAACCCUAUAGAAAGUGGUGGUAGCAGAGAAUUGACAACACUGUAGUCGUAUCAUUUCCACUAACUUUAUAACUUGCAUCUCACUAUAAAUAACUAAUUCACCUGUUUCUUCUUCUUCUUCUCUCUUCUGGAGAGUGAAAAUAUUAUUCUCAUGACUAAUAUAACCAUUUUACACUCAGCUGUCCUCGGCUAAUGUGAAUAUUCCAAUUGGAACUUAUGAGAAUAAAAUUAGUCUUUCAACCUAUUACUGUAUAAUUAUUAUUUCAAAUAUCCAAUGAAAGGUAAGGACCUCUGCUACUGCAAAUAUUUACCGAAGAACUAAAUAUCAGAAGAAAAUUUUGAAGAUUGGAACUGUUCAAAAAUUUCGCCCAGACCGGGAAUCGAAUCGGGAAUACCUCCCCAUUGCAAUAGCAGAAGUCCUUAGUUCUAUUUAUAUAGCUUUCAUUGGAUAUUUGAAAUAAAUAUUUCACAGUAAUAAUAUUCCAGCAGUUGGUUAGCUGCAAUUUUUAAUAAAAUCAUAGUUUUAAUAGUAUCACUUUCUUAUACAAAAUAAUCCAAAGACAUGCAAUUUGAAUCAUGAAACUAGGUAUGUUCAUCCACUAAAUGAGUGGUUUAGACACUGGCUUUGUAAACCGGAUUCCUAAGUUCGGAUCCCAGCCCGGGCAAGAUAUUUUUCUCGGGCCACUUCCGUGUUUCGGAUGAACACGUUAAGCUGCCUAAAAGCAGCUUAAGUUAUCAGAGACAGAGGUGAGAUGCCCUGAAAUUGACCAAGUGCGACCUGAGCCAGCCAGGUCACUCGACAUCAUCAUCGUCAUUCAUAAAAUAGUAAAAUUUAUUAGUAUGAUACCGUUAUUGUAUUAUUAGUUUAUAAUUUAACAAAAAAUAUUACUUAAUCUACUUCAUAUACUAAUAUUUUAUGAUACCGUUAUUGUAUUAUCAGUGGUGUAAUAUUAGUUUAUCUACUUCAUAUACUUGGUAAAGAUACGAUAAAAAUAGUUCAUUUCUCACUUCUUGAGUUUCUUUCAAGAUAUGGACUGUUUAUUUGAGAUACUGCAAAUUACAACUUUAUAGACUCAAGUUUAAAGCUCAGAAAUUUUUAAGGUCAUGGCAAACAAGGAGCAACCGUUUUCCAACAAGUCAGAAAUUAUUUAUCUUGAAUGGUGUUGAACUAAUUUUUUAUAGAGGGUUCCCUACCUAAGAAAUUGGUAGAGGUGGACUGUGAUGUACCUCUUGUUAUCCAAAUUUAUCACAUCUAUAAAAUGGGGGUUUUUGCUGUUUUGGAAAUGUCAAAAGAUGCGCUUUACUUAUGUUCAUUGCUAAUUUAUUGUAUUAUUUAAUUAACUAUUAUACUAUUUAAUUUAUUGCAAGUUUUUUAUCAGAGUGGAUAGGUUCGUUAAUUUAUGAUAUCAUUCAAUCUUCAAUGUAAUCUGAAUGGACUCGCCGUUCCGUUAAUUUAUUGGUUUUGUACGCCUGUUUUCAAAUUGCAUUUUAUGAUACCUUGUCGAUUCUUUUGAUGCCACUUGCACACUGAAUAAUUAUUAGCUGUCCAGUAAUCUAGUUUUUUUUAACCGAAGCCCGAGCAACGAAUUCUCGGGUGACAGAUGUUUAAGGGAAAUGCAUUUGAAACACUAUUUUUGACUUCGUAACUUUGUUUAGGGGAUAACUCACCAAAAAUAGAACCUACAACGGGCGGGUGACGGUAGUUUGAAGGUCCAAUUUUUUCGCAUUUAUCUAGGGUACCGCACCGUACGUUCAACGCUUAUUUAUUAGGUUUACUAAUAGUAAGCCCCCCUUGAGAGGGGCCGAAGAAACCGGAUCUUGCCUCAAAAAGCAUAUUCUAAAACAUUGAAGAGUUGGUUCUGUGGUCUGACUCAUGUGGAGGACAAAACAGAAAUAUUAAAAUUGUUAUAAUUGUAAAACUACACUCUACAUUGCAGAGAAUCACUAGUUGGUUUUUGAUUCCUGGGCACUCGGUUUUGCCGAAUGAUUCUGAAUUUGGAGACGUGGAAUGCCAUUUAAAAACGCUUCAAAGAAUUUACACGAUGACUUAAUCAACGUGAUGAGAAACAGCAUGAAGGAAACAAAUCAUUAUUAUUCAUAUCGGGUCUAAACUUUCUAAAGACGAUUUUCUGAGCACUUCCUCCACCAUGCUGGAGAUAAGUAUGGAGGGGCCUUCUCAAUCAUCCCCACCUCCACAUAUAUCAUCUCCCCAUCUCGAGAGGGGGAUUCACAACAGUAUUCCCCCCUCAAGAACGCCUUCAACACUUCCCCCGCUGAUUCCACUUGAAACACUCUCCCCCACGAUCAGCAGAUCCCAUCACCACCGGUCCCUAGAAAUUUUGAGGGAGAUUCUAACUCAGUCAACUCUUCAUCAUAACUUUAAUAACCCCUCCUCAUUGUCCUCCUAGCUAUACACGUCCCCCUCUCUACUCUUUUCCGAAACCUUUCAACAACCCCCUCCACCACCAAUAACGUACUUUCAACAAACAAACCCUCCUACAACAACACCAUCAUCACACCCACCCAUGCUGAUGGUGAAACAUCACCACUAUCCCUGCCCACCCAACUACCUCUAACCCUAUCCCCAACAUCCUAACUAACACCUAACCUAGUUUAAUGUUAGUUUGUAAAUGUAAAUUGUAGUUUAGUGUGUAGUAUAGGUGUACAAUUUGAAGAGUAAACAUUUUUAAUUCGGAUAAA